AUGUUGCUAUAUAUGCAGCAGACAGUUCGAACGAGUGACACAGAAUCGUUAUCAGAAUACAUGUGGAACAAAACCGAGGCGAUACGAAACAAGACAUUAUCUUCAUAUUUUGUGCAGGGAAUCGCCAACGGAAGUCUUAAUCCGACAGCACUCGGAGGCUACAUGGUGCAAGAUUCGGUCUAUUGUUACGAGGUAAAGCACUCCAUCGAUAUCUCUGUUGAUCGAGCCACCGACGGCGAACUCAAGGAAUAUUUACGAAUGAAGUCGGCGAGUUAUGAAAGAUAUUACAAAGAUUUGUUUAACAAAUGGCGCAUCGAAAGCCCCACAGGUAUCAAUUUAAGCAAGGCUUGUGAGUCCUACGUAGACUACGAGCGCAAGGUCGCCGCCACAGAGGACACCAUCUACAUGAUAGUGGCCAUGAUUCCGUGUAUGAAGUUGUGGCCUUGGCUCGGACAGCAGGUUCAAUCC